AUGGAGUGGGAUAGAGGAGAAGUUAUUGGUAAAGGAAGUUUUAGUUCGGUGUAUUUAGCAACUCCAAGAAAAAACUACUGUGAUUUUCCACCAUUAAUGGCCGUCAAGUCUUCAUUAGCUUCUCAAUCAUCUUUGCUCCAGAAAGAGAAAGAAAUUCUUACCGAAUUCAAGGAUUGUCCUCAAAUUCUUAAUUGUUAUGGAGAUGGGUUUACUGUUGAAAACGAUGGUGACAGAUUAUACAAUCUGUUUCUAGAAUUUGCUUCGGGAGGUAAUUUAGCUCAACUACUCAAAAAUUCAGGUGGUUCAAUAUCAGAAUCUCAUGUUCGAUUUUACUCGAAAUCAAUUCUUCAAGGGCUUUUGAGCAUCCAUCAGAAAGGGUUUGUUCAUUGUGAUAUGAAAUUACAGAAUAUCUUACUCUGCUGUUCUGCUAAUGGAUUUUCCGAAUUAAAAAUCGCUGAUUUCGGGUUAGCGAAAAAAUCAGACACGAAUUCCGAAAAAGACGAAGAAGUCCCUGGUUUGAGAGGAACCCCACUUUAUAUGUCGCCAGAAUCAGUUUCAAGGAACGAGAUUGAAUCAGCAUCUGAUAUAUGGGCACUUGGAUGUAUAAUUUCAGAGAUGAUUACUGGAAAACCAGCUUGGGGGUUUAAUGAAAAUUCAGACAUUAGUGCUUUAUUAUACAGAAUUGGUUUCAAAGAUGAAUUGCCAGAGAUACCUAAUGGAAUUUCUGAAGAUGGCAAGGAUUUUUUAAGAAGAUGUUUUGUUAGAGACCCAUUAAAGAGAUGGACGGCUGAGAUGCUUCUAAAUCAUCCAUUUAUUGCCGGUGCAGACACUGUUUCAUUACCUAUCCAAACUCAAAAGGAUUCACCAACGAGUGCAUUCGGUUUCCCAGAAUGGAAUUGCGGAAAUUCAUCAAUUUUCAACUCAACUGAAUCAUCUUCGGAUUAUCAGUUCGAUCAUCAAUCGAGCUGGUCACUCUCGCCGUCAGAACGUAUUGCGCAAAUUGCCACCGGGAAUGGGUCAAAUUGGUCUUUUUCAGAUUCUUGGAUCAACGUUAGAAGAAGAGAGUAG